UCUAUUUUAAUUUUCUGUCCAGAAAGAUGGCAUUCAGACGGAACUGUUUAUCCCAAACCCGCCUGGCUGGGGGAAGAGCUGCUGGCCAGGCUGGCCAGGUGGUCUGUGGGGAGCAAGAAAAGAGGGUUUAAAAGCACCCUGUCCCUCAUUUCCGUCAUCGAAUACAGCAAGACUUACCAGGCGCUUAAGGAGAAGCAUAAAGACAUGGUCAAGGUGUGGCCUGAAGUUACUGAUCCUGAGAAGUUUGUGUAUGAAGAUGUGGCUAUUGCUGCCUACCUGCUGAUUCUGUGGGAAGAAGAAAGAGCUGAGCUGGGCCUGACAGCCAAGCAGUCCUUUGUUGACCUAGGAUGCGGAAAUGGUCUCCUGGUUCACAUCCUGAGCACCGAGGGGCACCCAGGCAGAGGGAUCGAUGUCCGAAGAAGAAAGAUCUGGGACGUGUAUGGACCGCAGACUUGCUUAGAGGAAGGUGCAAUCACACCCAGCGAUGAGACCCUUUUCCCUGACGUUGACUGGCUAAUUGGUAACCAUUCCGAUGAACUGACACCGUGGAUACCUGUGAUCGCAGCCAGGUCUAAUUACAGCUGCCGUUUCUUUGUCCUUCCCUGCUGCUUCUUUGACUUCGUGGGGAAAUACGCCCGGAGGCAGAGCAGGAAGACUCAGUACCGAGAGUAUCUCGAUUUCGUGACUGAGGUGGGGCUGGCCUGCGGGUUCCACGUCCAGGAGGACUGCCUGCGCAUUCCCUCCACCAAAAGGGUUUGUCUCAUUGGGAAACGCAGAACAUACCCCCCCACCGGAGAAGCCCUCAUGGAUGAGCAGAGAACCCAGUACAUUAAUAGCAGGCAGGGCCGCCCCGUGAGCCCGCCCGGCCGGGAGCCUCCCCAUCCUCCUCCCCGGGCCGCCGUGGCACGUGCGGGUCGCCCCCACGGGCGCCAGGCCCUGGACGCCGGGGCCGCCGAGGAGGGGGCGGAGGCCCGGGCCGCCGGACUCUGGCUGUCUGGAUUUCACCCUAGAGAAAAAGCCGAGCGCGUGAGGAAUUGCGCUGCCCUCCCUCGAGACUUUGUUGACCAGGUGGUUUUGCAAGUGGGACACCUGCUGUUGGAUGCGGAGCGGCCGUGUGCAGGAAGUUCUCCGAGCGGGAGCUUGAAGGCCUGGAACCGAGGAGGAAGCCUCUCCUUGGCGGACGUAGCCAGUGAGCUGGACGGGGAGACCCUGCGGAGGCUGAAGCGGGAAUGUGGAGGCUUGCAGACGCUGCUCAAAAACAACCAUCAGGUGUUUGAAGUUCGGAGCGGGCGAGUUCACCUUCGCGACUGGAGAGAGGAGAGGCUCCGGAAGCAGCGGCAGCCGGAAGCAAAACGCAGACUCUUCUCGGAAGCUUUCAAAACCCGCCUGUGCUGGUUUUUCAGCCACCACCCUGACGGCUGCGCUCUGCCUUCGGACUGCUGUCCGUUUGCCCACGGGCCUGAGGAGCUGCGGCCGGCCCAGACCCCUAGGAGGAAGCAGGUUCUGUGA